AUGGGGGCGCAGCGAAGACAAAAAAACGAAGAAGACGGCCAAGAAGACUAUGAAGGUGGAGACGACGACCUGACGCUGUUGCCCCCACCACCAGAAUCGACCCCUGAAGGACCGGCCCGCCGAGAAGCAAGGGGCGUUUGCUCGAAAGCGGAGAAACAGCGCCUUGGCUUUCUUUUCGGUCCUUAAUAUUCCAAUUUUACCGCAAGAAAAGGAUUUUGUUUUUUAUUCUGGUUUCCACACCUGUACAUAAAACAUGUCAGCGGGUGGGUCCGCGUAAUUAGCUAUAGAAUGGCAUGACAUAAUGAGAAAGCGGAUGGAACGCGAGAGCGAGAGAGGUGGAUGUUUUGGGGUUUAUGGCCCAGCUAAAGACCACCCAUCCCGUAACCACAUUUCAAUUUGACUUGCAUCUUGACCGUCACAUAACGAUGGUAUGCCGGGAUCUCUGAGAAUACCAUUGUCAUCUUUUUUGAACGAUAAUCUUUAUAUUUUUGAUUACAAAUUGCUCCCAAUUCCAUCUCAAAUAUUCUCUUAUCAAAGUAAAAGUCCACCAUGUAUCUUAUAUAUGAUGCGAUGUAUGUCUGAUCGAACACCCAAAUGCUGUUAAAAUAGUAAAUAAGACCAACGUUUAACCAAGACAUUUAAACCUUCAAAUGUUUCAUGGUUUCAUCAUUUGGGAGUUCCGUCUGCAUACCGUUCUAAGCAUAUUACCUAACAAAAAUGACAUUUAAUCCCAUUGUUCGGCAACUUCACCGCUUCUCAGGGAAUAUCAACCCGUUUUCGGCGCCUCCGGUUAUCCGCUGGGCCGUUUCUGGCCCGGCGGGUGCUCGUCUUCUCUUGUCAUUUUUGUGGUUCUCCUUUUCUGAAAAAAGGAAUGUGAUGCUACAAAGUUUUCACCCAGUAUUCGUCUCUUCAGCGCAGUUCUCGUUCACCCAACACUUUUUACUUCUCCAGUAUACUCAAAUACUCUUUAACCGCCUUUCUUGUGCACGCUUUGCUCUUAAGUGGCUCGUCUAACGGAUUGUUUAUUAACUGAUAUACCCUGAAGGCAUCUCUUCAACGCCAUUUAUUUCAUGAGGUAGUGGUUGUCUGCCAACCUUAGAGUAAUCUUUUAAUAGGGAAUCAAUGUUUCCACUUAUGUCAGAAGUCAUUUGAAAUUAUAUUUAUCAAGCACCAACUUCCUUUAUCAGUCUGUUGGGGAAAUAAUAGGAGCUAUGUAUGUCGCUGAGCCGAUUGCGUCGCUGAAGUGAAAUGAAAUUUGAUCAACAAAGUUAAUUUUCACGGCUGCUAUUUUGACUGCGACAUUGUGCUCAUUGUUUUCCCGACAAACUGGUAAAGGUCAUCCCGAAUUUACAUUAUUGUACGUCUGCAAUUAAGAAAAGUCAUCCUAAUAUUUUCUUGCUCAUUUCCCCCGUUUUCGUUACUUGCCUUUUUAAAUAACCGCUUUAAUCAUAAGGAAAAUUAGUAUAUUUGAAUCGUUACAGAGAGGUUUGCAUGUGAGCAAAACAUGAACAGCGUUGAGUAAAGUACUUCUCAAACAACUUCCACUGCCAUUUGUAUCUCGCAAACAACCUGGAGAGCCGCAACGUGUUCCCCAAACUGUUCAACAUCAAGCUUCUUCCGCUGAAGCUCGUCAAUUCGAUUGGAGCAACGAAAAGAGUGGCCAAACUUGCAGUGCCGGACUCUCUACGGAGCCGGUUGGCAUCACUGCCACCGGCUCGACCUCAAUUAACUCAGGGAUUUCAACGAGCUGCUGUUUCGAUUCGGCAACACAACACUCAGGCAUUUCAUUGGGUAGGCCUCAUAGACUGCAUUGGCUUGUGGACCGAACAGUCGCAUUGGGGCAACGGACCAAGAGAGGGUCUUGCUGGAUUGACCCUUCAGGUGUCAACUAAUGUCCUAUAGAGCGCGUCAUCACGAAGAGCAUAACCCCAGCAUUUCUUCAGCCUUGAGUUCCGAUUUCUUUUGCGGUUACAGCGACCGGCUCCAUUCCACGGGUGUCCAAUGUUCUCCACAGCCGCCCGUUUCAACCGGCUAUCGUCGUCCAGCCGAAAAUCAACAGAACUCCACGAAUUCAUCGUUGAGUGAUGCUCUCUUACUAGCUCUACGACGAAGCCGGCCGAAUACGAGGUAAGUAUAUCCAUGUUCCAAUUAAUUAUAAAUGUUUGUCUCAGUCUGCCGGGUUGUUCUCAAGAUAAUAAAACAUCCAUAUAUUCUUUUAUUGGUUAUUGACAUACUACUCAAUUCUUCAUGUUUAUGUGUCCUUAUAACGCUUGAGUUCGUCCGAAGAAAUGGGUUUCCUGGUGACUGAAAGUCCGGAGUAAUUUCAUAGGUCGUCAAGCUUGCAUAAAGCACUCAAAGUUAUUAAUUACAGUUUCUCAUCAUGAUGUAGUCACAUAUCUGAUACCAGACAUAGGCAGCCUCUUGGGGUCAACUGCGGUUUUAUUCCCUAUACCGAAGAUGUCUUUUCAAAUUUAUUUUCUAGUCAAAAUUAUUGGUGGGAGAAUUUAUGAUCCGAAUUUUCGAAAAUUUGGCCGGAAAAUUGAAGGUAAUGAAAAUGGGCAUGAAGAAGGCAUUUAUUACCCCCCCCCUCCGAAGCCUGAGGCGGUUUUCUCAUUUCUUUUGGGCUUCUCUUAAAACAAUAACAGAAAACGGAGGCCACUUUUGAGUCAAAUAUGAAAUGAACAAUUUUGCCGAGGGCGCAUUUAGGUUAAGGCUGGGAACGAGUCUACCCGGAAAUGGGCGCAAAUUACUUCUGCCGGUUUCCGCUAUUCCUUUCUAUGUUUCUCAAUGAUUUCUUUUGAGCACAACUUCGAGAACAUGGUUUUUAUUUAGAAAGUGGCGUAUUUUACGAGUCCUUUGUCCAAAAAUGAUUAUAAAAAGUUGGACACUAAUUUUGGCCGAAGAACUCGACCUCCGCCCCCUCUGCUAUUUAUGCCCGCGUCUGAUGGCAGUGCAUCUCUUUUCGGAAAAGGAGCACGAAAACGGUGCAUGCGUCGUUUUACGGCAAGGGAUUCAACGCAAUGUUCCGUCUCGCAGACGGCCCUACCUCCCGCUCUCUAACUCUGCGUUUUUUGGCCGAAAGGAAGAAAAGUUGGGUCAUCCCCUUAGGGCCGGACCUCGCGCUGGUCAAAAAAUGGGAUGGAAGGCGCUGCCGACGCGCCAAGUUCAACGCGUACUCCGUGGUGGCCAACAAAUGUAUGGAGUAUGCGUCUCUCUUGCCCUCGAGGGAUCGGCCAAAAGCGGGCGCUUUUCGGCAGUGGGUAAUUCUAUCAAACCAGUUACUCUGAGUCCCAAAAAGUUUCAUCUCGAUUUCAGAAUCUGAUACUUUGUCUUCACCUAAGCUUGUUCUGCAAGUCUAAUUUACAAAUUGAAAGCCUUUUUAAUUUAAUGUAAUACACUUUGAUUACCCGUAUCGUUUUUUGCUUUAUCAGAUAACCUAACUUGAUUUAUUCUAUACUAUUUCAGACUGUUCCGGGUGCUCUUUCAAUACAUCCCGUUGCGCGAUAGCCCCAACGACAACCCCCACCUGGAGUUGCCGUUGCAAGCGGGCGAUUACUUGCUGGUACAUGGGCAGAUGGACGAGGAUCAAUUCUAUUUCGGCGAGACACUCUCUGGUCGAACUGGAUUGGUCCCGUCCAAUUAUGUGGAACGAAUCCCAGACCACGUUCUUCUCCAGAAUGCAUCACGAGCCCCAAGCCCGCAAUGCAACUUCAAUGUCGCGUCCACGAGCUCUGGAUAUGAGUGUCCAGAAAGUGCUGUGACAUCAACCAACGACCCAGAGUUAUUCUUGCCGCUGGGCAUGAUGCCGGUUUCUCAUCGAUCGAACCCGGGUUCACGGCCCCCAUCUCGAACAGCUUCCGUCCAAGCAUCUAGACCUGGCUCUCCGCGAAGUGUUGUGUUUGAGCCUCGCCAACACAGUCCUAGGAAUAUGGAACCCCUCUUGAUGGACUCCGGGGCUCCCAUAAUAGAUCAACUUAGUCGUCCAUCAUCCCCGUCUUUCACACUUAAUGUACCACCUCAUUUGACCCAAAUUAAUCAUGACUUUACGGUUAAUUCAUCAGAAACGCAGUUGCCCGAUUCUAUUUGUCCAUAUCCGCCGGUUGAUGUGUCCAAAGUCAGCGUUCAAGAAAUAAAGCAACCGGAUAAACCAAAAAGUAAGCAUUGUUUUAACCUACAAGGAAAUUCUUGUUAAAACGGAUUUUCUCGAAAAAUUAUGAACGCGUGGGGCAUAGCCCACAUAUCGAUUCCUGGAAGUUUUACUCGUGCUUUCAAGGGGCAGUCCAGAUAUACAACGAUCCAUCACAGCAAAAACACUUUUUGGUCACGUCUUUGCUAUUAUAUUAUAUUAUAGCUUCGUGUGGAAACAUUUUUUGUAGAAACAUUACCCUUUUCGGUAGAACUAGGCAUGAAAUGUUUCGUACCAAAGUUCGCAAAGAAAGCGUCUCAUUUUUUCCAACUUUGGACCAAAAGAUUUCGGCCGUUUCUGCACACCGCGGACUAAGAGUCUCAUACGUCUAAUUGUAAGAAAAAAUUAUUCUAAAUUUUCUUCAACUUUCAUCAAUGAACAUGGAGUACUUCCUAUGUCAGUUUUAUCUUUUAUUGAAAUGCUUUGGUUUUUCGUGUUUCUAAAACUAGGAAAAUUACUUUUUAGUGGUACUUUUUGAAAGGGUUUUUAUUGAGACCGCAUCGGUUUCAUACCGCUCAAGUUAUUAGGAUCUCCUCUUUUUCUCUUAACGCAUAUUUUACCCGUGGAAUUAAGCCGGAGCUGUCAAUGCCUUGAGGCCGGAGAGUACGAGUAUAGGAAACUUUUUUUGUUUUGCCACUUUGCGUUACCACUUUCCCAGACUUGAGAGUUCGGCCGGUUUGUUACGUCCUUAUGCGAACUGAUCGAAGCGUAAAGAAGGAGUUGUGGUGACUAUAGCAACGAGAUUACUUACAAUUAGACUAUCGUUUUCCACUGAGAUUUUUGAUUCAAUUUUUUGCAUUAUCAGAGAGCCGUUUGCCUCGCGAGGCUUCUAUCCGCUCUUUGUCAACAUCCUUACAGUGACCAUCAAAAGCUUCGAAAUGUGUAAUUUGAUUUAAAUUUUUUUACAUUUCUUGUCUUUCUACUUCUUGUUUUCAGUAUCAGCGCCCCGCGAACUUACAGUUGAGAAGAAGCUCAGCCGGAGUGUUGUAUUAUCCUGGCUGCCACCAGAUGACCAACUCACCGCCGUCUCACAAUACCACGUCUGUGUGGAAGGAGUGGUGAAAGCUGUUGUCCCUGGAACUUACAAAUGCAAAGCGUUGAUUGAAGACCUGAACCUCGACAAGGCGGUAAAUGUUUCUGUGAGAUCUGUCACCGACCAAGGACAUAGUGCAGACGCAGCGUGUACCCUAGCUGUCGGAGCUGAAGCCCCCGUGGCUCCGCAACACGUACGAGUGGCAAAAAUCACUCCUGUCUCGGCUUGUAUCAGCUGGUACCCAUCCAACAGCAACGCGGAACACAUCUUGCUCCUGAACGCAAUUAAGAUCGGGGUUUGUCCCCCGGCUGUUUACCAAGUAAGCUUGCCAUAGCCAUGGCAAUACAAUUUUUUUGUAAAAACGGAUUGAUCAUGAAGAAUUUGUGUUUAUCUAAUCAUCUCAUUACUCAGGUCCAAUUAUUUGGAUUAUCUCCAUCAACUAUUUACCGCAUCUCCGUUCGAACUAAACAUCCCAAAGCCGUCCUGGAGCAAAGACCCGUGGAGCGUUGCGUCGACUUUAAAACUCUCCCUAAAAGUAAGAGCUCUUAUAAUUGUCGUUGGAUGCUCAAAUCAUUUAUUGAAUUUCAUUACUUCUCCUCCUUCUUAAGAUGGUUUUAAAAAAGAAAAAAGUCCUACGCCUUCCGCUUAGUGUUUAAACAGUAUUAAUGAGAUUUUUUAACCAAAUAGUGACAGUGUGGAGGGAACGAAAGAGAGAAGGCCUAUAUUCUGUUGUUCCAUCCGGCCUGUCGUUCGAUUUCUGGCCAGUCUGGACAAGGCCCAGUGGUUGGCAAAGUCCAAAAGGGAAACACGAAAGAAGGCAGAGGGCUAUGCCUUCUUCUUUUCUUCGUGUUCGGACCUGAACACGCUUAUCUUUGACGCCGUUUCCGGCACUAAGCCUUCCGUUUUAAUAGUUGUGUGAGAGCUUUUUGAGUUGCGUAAGCUGGCACUGCUCCACCGCCCGAGGUCAAGAACAAUGGGGACGUACUUAGGAUGAUUAAACCCCUUUAUUAGAUAAGAAUUCCGCUACUUACAAUUAGUGGGUAUAAGAACCUUGAUUUCAUCAUCCAUUCUGCAACAUUGAACAGAAAGUCAUAAUUCUUCAACGAUUUGCAGUUGGACUUCCGGAUCCGCCCUCGAAUGUACAAGUGGAUUCAGGACCUCAACCGGGCACGUUACUGGUCUCCUGGAGGCCGGUUACAACACAACCACGUCCACCCAGCCGCGCUGCCGUUCAUUCAUAUUUGAUCUACGCCGACGGUCAAAACAUCGCGCAGGUUCCGUCCGUUACAGGUAUGCGAUAUAGAAUAGUAAACUAAAAAUACAAAAAAAUAUCUGUACUUUUUGCUUUUAGCCGAUCACGUCCUCCUUCGAUUGUCCGAUUUCUCGGACGACCCGCCAAUUUUCAUCACCGUUAGAACACGGACGAAAGAAGGUGCUAUAUCCGCGGAUUCAAACGUCGUUCGAGUUCCGAGGAACGUGCUUGGUUUACCGUUCGGACCCACUACAUCAACGGCCGAUCUACCGGACACAAUGCCUUAUGGAGUUCAGAAAAUCCCGGUGUAUAAUCCCCAACCAGGCCAACCACCGCCUGUCGCUUUAAAUGGUGUUAUUGGUCCAUGCGGAUAUGAACACAAUCAAAAUAUAGCGGUCAGUGGAAGUGUCAUGCAUGACGGUGGAUUGUUAACUAUGAUGCCUCAACAAGGUGCAACAGCGAACUGCCCUCCUCUCAACUCUCACCCUAAUUAUUCCUCGUAUAACAUGCCAUCGCACUUUACAAAUCAACCUCAGGCCAUCCUCGAUCCCAAUGAUCCAUCCAACGUUUCAGUUUACCAGCCAGCAAUGUUCGACGGGUUCAAACAAUUCCAAACGGAAACACCGAUAACUUUCCGGCCGCAGAUAACACGGCCCCAUCCUCAUAAAUUACUUGGACGACAGAGUACAAGUGCUCUUCUCCAAAAUAAUGGAUCUCUCAGCCUGCCUAAGUAUGCAUCCAUGUACGAGGUAGGUCUUCUAAUUUAUCUCAAGUGGGUAAUUGUGGGCUGCCUUUAACUGCCGUUGUCCUUUAGCUGCGUCGUUUUUCAAGGUUAUUGUUAUGUAUUACCUUUUUCAGUGGAAACAACCGCAACAAAAUCAGCAACAAUACUACACCUUUCAUCCUAAAGCGCUAUAUAAGGAUUACAACACCACAGAAGAGAAACCUAGUGUUCUUGAGAUGGAGAAUAACUACUUACUAAGGCACAGGCAACAACAGCAGCUUAACAAGACCCCCGCGUAUGAAACAUGGGAUCCCCGAUAUGACACAUACAGUAGGCACGAUCCUGCUUCCAGAGGACGGGUGUUACAAACAGGAAGGAGAGCUGGGAACAUCAUGAGCGCGAGUAAUUUUGAGCCCAGGCUAAACAGAGUCAAGUCAGAAGAAAUGUUAGGAACAAGGAGUGAACCCGAUUUACGCCCGACUCCGUUAGAUGAUGAGAAUUGUAGAUGGUUCGUUGCAUUGUUUAAUUACGAUCACCAUAUGUCUCCAAAUCCAAAUGCAGCACAGGAAGAACUGUCGUUCAGAAAACACCAGCUGAUUAAAGUAAGGAAUAAAAAAAAGAUAAAUAAUAUUUCAGGUCUUCGGUGAAGUCGAUCAAGAUGGCUUCUAUAAAGGUCAAAUCGGGCGUCGUUACGGACUCGUCCCCUCAAACAUGGUAAUCGAAAUAGCAAAGGAUGAUAUUGCAUCACAUCCACGAAGACUUCCUCCUGAAGUUGAGUAUAAAGGAACCUUGCCUAGAACACUGGAAAGAAGCUUGGAGCGUCCGAUGGAAAGAAGUCUUGAUCCGGCAACUCGAAGAAGCCGUUGGGGAUCAAUAAAAUCGCGAAGCUAUGACUACCCUGACAGGAGGCCAUACCAUUCGGUGGGCCAUGAAACCGACCAAUACUCGUCAUUAGACAGACGCGACCAGUACAUUCGUGGACGUCAUUACGACUAUUAUGACGUGCAUGCCCAACCAGGAGGAUCCGUUAGACCAGGUGGAUAUGCUCCCAGAUAUUCAAAAGCUCGGAAUGGAUAUGAGCGAUCAGCCAGCUAUGAGCCCCGAGGAGGUUUACCAAAAGAGUUAAGAGAGGGUAGAGAUAUACGUGAUUCAAGAGACAUCAGGGACCCACGAGAUCAAGAGUAUAGGGAAAGGGAUUACCGUGAUUCAAGGGAUACAUGGGAUCCCUAUUCUCGACGAGAGGCACCAGCUAGGCGUGAAGCUUACGAGCAUGAGUACCGGAGAGAAGGAGCGACAGUGAGAGGAGGAGAGAGAUUUGAACAUCCCGGUGAAAAACCAUCUUCUGUUUAUCCACCGCGUAAGCAUGAAUACGUCGACAGAUAUGACAAGGGAAGGGCAGAGUAUUCGGACGAUACGUAUCCUCCUUCGACUUCUCGACUACCACAAGAACAUCAAUAUCAAAAGCAAGGAUCACAGGAAACACCACAGGGAUAUAGCCAACAGCAACAUCAAGUUCCUCCCCAACAAAUUACAACGCAAUCUCAACAACAAAAGUACCAAGGGAACCAUGUGGGGCCACAAACACAACAACAUCAACAGCAGCCUCAGCCAGUUCAGCAACAAACAUCUCAAGCAAUGUCAAGUUUCGAAGAAACUCUGAAAAAUAUCGACAUGCUGCCUACCACCAAAAUGAUCGCUAAGUACGACUAUGACUCUAGAAGGCUUAGUCCGAAUGUAGAUGCAGAACAAGUUGAGCUAAGUUUCCGGGAAGGAGACCUCAUAACCCUAUAUGGAGAUGUUGACGAAGAUGGGUUCUUUAUCGGUGAAUUGAACGGAGUUCGCGGUCUUGUGCCAUCAAAUUUCCUUCAACCUAUCGGUAACUCUUUAACCGCAUCAAACGUCCCUCAACAAGCACAACAACCACCUCCGGGCAUUAUGGCGGGUCCAGUUGGAGCAUACGGACCUACAGGAACGACCGAACAAAGACCGAAAGGAGUCGCCUUCAGCGACUUGGCGAAAAAAACCCCUCCGAUGCGACAAACUAGCCAGACUUCAGUCAAGACCGCCGGUCCAACUGGUCCAACGAUAGCAAAUACAAAGCCAAAGAGUUCUUCGGGUGCAGGACAAACGGGUAUGGUAAACAAAACGGGUGCCAAGAAGUCGGAUCCGGCAAAGGGAAAUAACGUCGCCAACAAUGUCAGAAAACAAUCACAAGCUGUAAAGAAAGACCCGGGAAAAGUAAGUCUACAAGCGUGAACAUUAACUUUUUUCAGAAGAAAUAA